AUUUUAAGAUGCUCGCGGCUGGGCUGUGCUUUACACAUUUAAUAAUGAUAUGUGCUCGUGCCGACAGCCUGUUCAAAAUGCGCAUUCCUCCGUCCUGUCAUUUUACAAGCACGAGAAGCGUACACGCAUCGUUAUGUGUCGCCUUCGAGAUAAUAUACACUAUAGCUGCACGCUCAUUUCCACAAGUUAUCACAUAUCUAGGGACAGAACCGAUUGAUUACAUGUAUUUAUUUAUUUUUAAAAACCGUGUAUGUGUUAGUGCGUGAUGUGCCCGUUUCUCGCGUUGAGAAGACGCUAAUGUAAUAUCGUAUAUGGAUGACGUGUGCUCUAUACUGUACAAGUCUGACAGUGCGGGAUGGAAAUAAGACUCCCAUUGCAUAGCAGUUUGAUCCAGUCUUGGUUUUACACCUGAGCUUGUUACCUACACACUGUGGCUAAUCAAGCUGCUGUUGAAAGCUGGCGUGGGUGAAACGGCUGUGCAGUAGCUGUGGAUUGGUGGUUUGGACAGUGAUAGAACCCUGCAGCUCGCUUGACCACAAUCUCAAUUAUUCCAUAAUGGACUUUAUCAGGAAGCUUGUUGACAGUCCUGUUAGUUUACAUUCCCCGAAGGUGUGUGUGACUGUGUAGCAUCGCUCAGCGAUCCAUAUGCAUACCCUAACCGCAAGUGAGAUCAGAAAAAACAACGAGCAAAACCCAAACUGGAAAACACAUAGCUGGGACUGGAAUCCGUGUCUGACGCGUGCAGUACCAGUGAAGAGUCCUCGCACAGAGCGUGGAAGACGUGUGCCAUGUGCAGCCAGCGUGGCCUAACACUGAAUCAGCGAAUGGGACAGGGAGAUGUGGAGGGAGCACCAUGGUCUCCACGCCAGUCCCCACGUGGCACAGUCACACAUUGGUGGACAUGGGUUGUUUCCCACAACUCCUAACCGCUGACAUCCGCAGGCUGUCCAGCCCUGGGCGCCUCACCGGUUCCCAUUCCAACCCUUUUUGUUUGACCUGCUUCGGAUCUUUGUCUCUGUUUGUUUCCGGUCAUGUCGAUUGUGGAUCACAGCCCCACCACGGGCGUGGUCACCGUGAUCGUGAUCCUGAUCGCCAUCGCUGCGCUGGGGGCCUUGAUACUGGGCUGCUGGUGCUACCUGCGGCUGCAGCGCAUCGGCCAGUCCGAGGAUGAGGAGAGCAUCGUUGGGGAGGGGGAGACCAAAGAGCCCUUCCUGCUGGUGCAGUACUCUGCCAAGGGGCCGCGAGUGGAGAGGAAAACCAAGCUGACCCCCAACGGCACAGAGAGUCACAGUUAACUCUGAACCCCCAGCCCCCGACACCUCCACCUCCCCACCAUCUCAAGACUCGUUCUGUCUGUCCCAAGCAGCGCUGUGAAGAUCCAAAGUAGCUUGCUUUCUUUCUCCCUUGACUUGACUGACACAGAUUCUCUGGAGGUGGGCAAACAGUGUCUUGUGGCUUUGCAAGUUGAGAGUUUAUAGAAAGAAAUGCCUGCACUGCACUGCCUGGACAAAAUAAAUAAAGACUCUUAGCCAGCAUUUCUGUAGUUCUUUUUGCACCGAAUGUCAGACUUGCAUAUUCAGCUGAGUCUUUUUGAUGAAGCCACUUCUACUGCUGUAGAUGCUGUGUAACUUGUGAACUAUGGAACAAAAAGCAAAGUGGGGAAAGCGACGUCUCCAUGGCUGCAUUGUGCUGCACUGCUCCAGGACAUGCUGCUUUUCUUUGUUAAUGUUUUGUGUCUGUGUUUUAAAAGAAUCAAGAACUGGAGGAGACGGUAAAAAACAUCAAAGACACUAAUGAGAAAAUGAGGCAGGAGGCAGGCAGUUGUGUGUGUGUGUGUGUUUUUAUGUCGUUCUUCUAAGGCUGGGGCGAUGCUUCAUUUUUCAACAUCGAUACCGUUUUCCAAUAAAGCCGAUGCAUCGAUUCAUCGACGUUAUGAAAAGGUAACAAAAAAAUCCAGCAGUAAUGUGCGUGGCUUACUGUGCAACAGUGCUAGUAAAGGGUUAAAAACUAUCCUAGUGAUUGAAAUCCAGCAGUUAGUGCAUGGAAUAACAAAUCAAAAAUAAAUACUCAUUUUCCUACCUUACCUGUGCUGAUUUGUGCCAGUUGAGAUCAAAGCAAAACCCAUUGAUUACAAAAAUAAAUACAAUUAUUAUUAUUAUUUUAAUUUAACAACCAAUCCAUAGACCAACAUAACUGUGCACAGGCUUGACUAUCGAUAGUGUUGCAAUACGAUGCAUCACUUCAGCCUUAAUUUCUACAGUCACAGCAUGUCGAUGGCCAGUUUAUUUUCUUAAUAUUUCUGAUAAUGUGUGUUUACAGAAUCGUCAUGUUUUUAAUGUGCAACAGUAGCUGCUGUUUUUUCUGUGAAUCCUGCUAGGUUUGGAGAACAGUAGCUGCUGCUUUUCUGUGAAUCCUGCUAGGUUUGGAGAACAGUAGCUGCUGUUUUUCUGUGAAUCCUGCUAGGUUUGGUGAACAGUAGCUGCUGUUUUUCUGUGAAUCCUGCUAGGUUUGGUGAACAGUAGCUGCUGUUUUUCUGUGAAUCCUGCUUGGUUUGGAGUACAGGAGCUGCUGUUUUUCUGUGCUGCCCUCUGCUAGGACGCUGCCCAGCUCUUACCCUCCAGGACUCAUGAAGGAUGGCUGGGGUGUGGUUUCCAACCCCCUGUCUGGAAAGUCCCUGGAGGUCCUUGGGUUGGCUGAGCAGUCACGUUUCCUUUACAGUGAGAAAAGCAUGUUGAAAUGAUAUUACAAUAAGAUAGGUAAGAGUAUGUUGUUUUUAUAUUGAUGCCUUUUCCACUGAAACUGGAAUUGAAAUACAGUACCUUUGCUAUUGUUCUUAACUGAGAGAUGACCAACGUGGUCUUAUUUUGGAUGAAGUUUGAACUCCGAAUCACUGUUAAUAAAGUCCUUUCUCUUAAAGCCCCCAACCACCACCCAAGUUUUUUUUGCAAAAACAAACUAAUGAAUUAAUCCCUGCUAAGAGCAAUCAAUCAGAUCCCACUGAGAAUGAAGCAUUUUUUACUGGUUAUGAAAUCGGGUUACCGUUAGAAACAGGGAUCUGUCUGAUGUGCGCUCAUGAGGAACGUGAACAAUGCUACUGAAGGAUUGAUAAACUAUUGGACUGCCCGUUGCUUUGUGAGAUCGCUACCAGUAAUGUUGAACUCAUUUAAAAAGCAAAAACUGCCAAGCUCGUUCACCCGGAUUUAUUUGAUAUGAGAUUUCAUUAAGAGACACAUGAACAAGAGGACUGCGUUGCUUUAGGUGAAAUGGGCAUGUCUAAGCUGCGUUGAGGAAAGCGUGCAUGUGAAAACCUCACUGAGGAAAGCGUGCAUGUGAAAACCUCACUGAGGAAAGUGUGCAUGGAAAACCUCACUGAGGAAAGUGUGCAUGGAAAACCUCACUGAGGAAAGCGUGCAUGUGAAAACCUCACUGAGGAAAGUGUGCAAGUGAAAACCUCACUGAGGAAAGUGUGCAUGUGAAAACCUCACUGAGGAAAGUGUGCAUGGAAAACCACACUGUGGAAAGUGUGCAUGUGAAAACCUCACUGAGGAAAGUGUGCAUGGAAAACCACACUGAGGAAAGUGUGCAUGGAAAACCUCACUGAGGAAAGUGUGCAAGUGAAAACCUCACUGAGGAAAGUGUGCAUGUGAAAACCACACUGUGGAAAGUGUGCAUGUGAAAACCUCACUGAGGAAAGUGUGCAUGGAAAACCACACUGAGGAAAGUGUGCAUGGAAAACCUCACUGAGGAAAGUGUGCAAGUGAAAACCUCACUGAGGAAAGUGUGCAUGUGAAAACCUCACUGAGGAAAGUGUGCAUGUGAAAACCUCACUGAGGAAAGUGUGCAAGUGAAAACCUCACUGUGGAAAGUGCAUGUGAAAACCUCACUGAGGAAAGUGUGCAUGGAAAACCACACUGAGGAAAGUGUGCAUGGAAAACCUCACUGAGGAAAGCGUGCAUGUGAAAACCUCACUGAGGAAAGUGUGCAAGUGAAAACCUCACUGAGGAAAGUGCAUGGAAAACCACACUGAGGAAAGUGUGCAUGGAAAACCUCAUUGGCUUCUCAGUGUGUCAGCGUUAUUAACCCUUUACCUGCUGGCAGUAUGCGCAGCGCUGUGGUCCCUGUGCUGGGAUUGCGAGAGUGUAAUCUGCUACAUGCUGUCUCUCUCCAUCUGCUCUCAUGGCUUUGUGUACCUUCUGUAACUCAAUAAAACUUUGUAGUUACUUUC